ACUGCUUGGUUAAAGAGUGCCUCUAACUGUUAUAAAAACAUUUUCUUACUUAAUCGUUAUUCCGAUGAAUUAAUAGGUUCGUGAAAACCGAUAAAAUUUUAAUGACGCAAUGACUAUAUCAAAGUUUGUAAUGGUGAUAAUGCUUGUAAAACCACAAGAACUCGAUCGCGUACAUCAUUGACAGGUGGUACAGGAAUGUGGGAAAACAGAUAGGAUUAUCCGCGAAAACGAUCUGUUACACGAUCGGUUAAGUGAAAGAAUCUGCGGAUCAACAAGCAGAUUCGGUUGUGAUGAGCGACUCCGAACAGCGGCAACUGCACGUGCCUUAUAGAGAGUAUCAUAGCCAGAAUAACACUAACACUUCUGCCCUGGUGGAAACAGAUGCACUGGUAGAUCUAUCAACCACAUCUAAUAAUUGUUUGCCAGUGAACAGCAACGAGAGCUCGGAAUUAAUACCGGACGUUGAGUUUGUUCCAAAUCUGAGCAACGAACAACCCAUAACCAUUGAUUCCCCUGGAAUUGACCGGGAGAGCCAGCCUCUCCUUGGUCGGUUGGAGCUUGAUGUUACAUUUAAUCGUUUUCCUGAUGAUCCACAAUUCUCUGAAUUAGUAUGGCAGGCUGAAUGUGCAAUAGAUAAUGGAAUUUUUCCCGAAAGGAUAUACCAAGGAUCAAGUGGAAGUUACUUUGUAAAAAAUCCUACAGGGAAAGUAAUUGGUGUAUUCAAGCCAAAAGAUGAAGAACCCUAUGGAAGAUUGAAUCCAAAGUGGACAAAAUGGAUGCACAAGCUUUGUUGUCCUUGUUGUUUUGGGAGAAGUUGUUUAAUUCCCAAUCAAGGAUAUUUGAGCGAGGCUGGUGCAAGUUUAGUUGAUCGUAAAUUAGGUCUCGGCAUAGUUCCAAAUACAAGAGUAGUGAAACUCGUCAGUAGAACAUUCAACUACCCACGCUUAGACCGACAGAAAGCCCGGAUGAAGCAAGCGAUUAUGGAUCAAUUCCCUACAGUUGGCUCGCAUUUCAAUCGGAUUGGUUUACCACCAAAAGUUGGUUCUUUCCAAAUUUUCGUGGAUGGCUACAAAGAUGCCGAUUAUUGGUUGAGACGAUGGGAACACGAACCCUUAUCACCGCGUCUCAGUAGGGAAUUUCAACUGCAAUUUGAACGCUUAGUUAUUUUGGACUACAUAAUUAGAAAUACAGACAGAGGUAACGACAAUUGGUUAAUCAAGUAUGAUAAUACUAUGGGAAAAAACGGAUCGGACCAGGGCGAGGUUCAAAUUGCCGCAAUAGAUAAUGGUUUAGCCUUCCCUUUCAAACAUCCUGACUCGUGGCGUGCCUAUCCUUAUCACUGGGCAUGGUUGAGUCAAGCGAAGCAACCGUUUAGCGAAGUUACGCGGGAGCUUGUAUUACCGCAACUUUCGGAUCAGAAUUUUGUGCAAGAUCUUUGCGACGAUUUGUAUCAAUUGUUCAAAGUAAGUCCCGCAAAAUGGCAAUUGUUCAAACAAGACAAAGGUUUUGAUCGGCAUCAUUUUGACAAACAAAUGAGCGUGAUGCGCGGCCAGAUCUUAAAUUUACAACAAGCUUUAAAGGAUGCGAAAAGCCCAGUGCAAUUGGUUCAAAUGCCUGCUGUGAUCGUUGAAAAGGCCAAAGGAAACGGAGCACCAAGAUUAUUCUCAUUUUCCGACACGUUUACACAGCGCUUCCAGAACAAAAGUCCUUUCUUCUCUUGGUGUUGAACAGAACCAACGUUUCUGAAAUGCUUGAAACGACAUCAAUCCUGUCUGUCGACUGAAAAAAACCUAUUCAGUAUAUCGCGAACAUCGUCUUAUUAUUUGUUCUGUCUCUCUAUUCAGUCUCUUUUACUUUUAUUCCGCAUUACUACCUCUGUUUGAACAUCAGGUUCUAAUCUACCACUCGUAGAUUUUAUCGAUAACUACGUUUAACUUAUCUUGUAUCUAAAAUAUUUUCUUUUAAUUCGAAUAUAAACAUCAGUCAUAAUACGAUUAUAUAUUGUAUACAGUAAAUAUAUGUAAUGUUAAAGCAAUACUUUUCGAUAUGCUUCGCAUGGGAGAAACAGGUAUGAAAAAAA